AUGGUGGUCUCGGCUCCUGAUGUCGUUACAUACGUUGGUAUUCCCCUCGCAGUGCUGGGCGUGCUCCCAAUUCUAUAUACGUCCUUUCGCGCACUUUGGACCCAGCGAUUGAUCCGUUCAACACUCAAACGGUAUGAUCUGUUCGACUCGGCCGUAACACGCGUGAGUCUUAUGGGAGGAAUUGUUGAAGUAGAACUCCCAAGAUGUACUAUCAGCCCACUUGAUCGCGAGCUAGACGCUAGCUACUGGAAGCUGAACGGAUUUCAAGUCUCAUUGAAAGGCGGGAGCUGGUCAAUCUUUCAUUGGAACCGCCUGGUCACUGGGAAAGUUUUGUACCGAUGCCAAUUCAAAGAUGAGCUAACUAUCCCACAAGCCGAUAUUGAAUUUGAAGAGCUGGUUGCCUUUCUACUUGACCGUGGAGCCGUGCCAGACCCUCAAGGUUGGCGCAUGUUAAAAACAAGUGGAUUAUGGACACCUCCUGGUACUGCACUGCUACGUCCGCCACGAGGGAUACCAGGCAUCGCUCUUACGAUUAUGUCUCCCGAUGAUUCAGAUGGUGUGCUGAGCCUACAUGUCCAAUGGAGAACGCAAUGGGAUUCUAGGAACUCAGCCAGCAUGCCUCCUUUCUGGAUGAGAUUGGAACAGCCUGGACUGAUCAAAGACGAUCAUCCGCGGAUUAUUGAUAAAUCUGGCAUGGAGAUAUCCAAGAUUCCCUCAUCUGAGACAGAACAGUUGAAGACUUUCAGCCGUCAAACCACGGCAACUGCUCUUGAUUCAGCAGAUCCAACCUCAUAUGCCCUUCUUGCAAGGAUCAACGAGGCAAAAUCCACAUCUUCCAGCAAUGACAGUAUUCGAUUCAAAAUAGAGCAAGAUCAUGUAAAGCGUGUUUUUUUUGAGCAUGAUAGUAUCAUGACUGGCGAGCAUCAAGAUUUAUCUAAGCUUGAUGAGACCUUUGGUUUGUGGUUCGCCUGUACUGCCUGUGCAUUGAGCCAAAAUGGAGACUCUGGACUAUGGAACUUUGCAAUUCCAGACCAUAUUGCAUCUUUCGCGCGACAAAAAUCAAUUCCAUGUGGUGUGAUGGUUAUUCUUGGUAUCCUAAGCGAAGAUAAUGUGCCUCCUUGGGCCUCGCCGCCGCCACAAUUUACUCAAAGCCCGGCUGAGAUGCAACAACGCCUAUAUGAAGAAACCCUGGCUCGAAGAAUGGAAAACGCAAUGCCACCAGGCCAAGCUGCACAGGCAAGAAAUAACAGAGUUAUGCUGGAGUCAACCCGGUUUCACAAUGAUAAUCUCAAGAGAAUUGAAGCCCGGGAAGAGUACGAGCAACGUCGGCUAAUCGAAGCUAUCCAGUCCCCGCGACUUGACAACAAAGUUAUUGCUGAGGCGAGUCUUACAUAUCUUGUUAAUCAAAAGAUUGUGCCUGGCAAUUAUACGCUGUCCAAGCUAGCACAGGCUGUGUUAUAUCUCAUGAUACUUGAUAUGGACCAGGCCAGGACAAUCACUGAUAUUCUUGAAAGAUGGAUGCUUUGGUGUCAAUUUGGAGGAAUGCAGAAGCCUCAAUUGACAUUGUUAGUGGAGAACAAGAUUGCUUUUUGUUAUGCCUCUGCGUUGGUUGUCGUGGUUCAACAGGCUAAUGCGGGAGAUGGCAACCUAUCAUCUGACAUGCUUGACUGUCUGAGGUUAUGGAAUCGAGUGAGAGUAGGCUAA